AUCAAGAAAUACUAUUUCAGAGAAUUAGAUAACGAUUACUAUGUCUUCGGAUGCAAAUGGAGUGGAUGUGAGUUCGUGACCAACAACUCGGGAAGCAUUCGCAGACAUGUCCACAACCAGCACUUAUGUCCUCACUCUGUGGCAAACAAUUAUAAUAAUUCUGGUGACCAAAGGAUAGCUUCUCAAUCGGUUAUUGUUCACAACUCCAACAUAUCAACGACCAGUUCUUUUGCUUCGGAACAGCCUUUGGUUGAGAUCAUAGAACUGGAUCCGCAGUCUAUAAUCCCUAAGUUGGAUGAAAGUGAUGGCGGUUUUGAUGGCAGCAAUAGUAUGUCGUAUUCCAAACCCAUUGAUCUAGAAAUAGAUAUGGAGGCCAAUCCAAACGGCAAGUCAUCCACCGGUGGCUUAUAUUCACUGAAGAACUAUUCAGAUCUCUACCGAAAAGUCAAAGUCGAUGGCGAGGUUUACUUCAAAUGCAAUUGCAAUCAGUUUACCACUAAAUCCCAGAUAAGUCUUGUGCGACACAUUUGG